UUUGGGGCAAGAGGGAUGGGCAUUUUGGUGUUCACAGGGAGCCAGGGAGUCCAGCCCAGCGAGAUCUGGCGGGGGAAGGAGGGGAGGGCUGCCGCUGCCUGCUGCCUGCUGCCUGCUCUGUGCCCUGCCUGUCUCAGCCUGUCCCUUCCUUCCCGUCACUUCCCAGCCCCUCUACGUGUGCUGUCCUUGGGUGCCCCGGCCGCCCUGAGCCCUGGGUCUUUCCACGACCGCCUCCUGCCCCUGUCACCCUCAGGGCACACCCCUGCUCAGGGAGGCCAUGUCCUCUGUCCCCUUCCCUCACUUCAGUGUGCUGCUUGUGCCCGUUGGCUGUUUGCAAUUUCGGUCCCCUGGCUCUGUGCGCGUCGUAGGCUGGCCCACCUUUUGCGGUGGGGGCUAUGCACACCCUUAGCCACCGCCGCCGCCGAGUGCCCAGCUUGGGGAAAAUCCAAGAGGAAGAAGGAUUUACGGAUCUCCUGUGUGUCCAAGCCGCCUGCGCCCAACCCCACACCACCCCGGAACUUGGACUCCCGAACCUUUAUCACCAUCGGAGACAGGAACUUCGAGGUGGAGGCCGAUGACCUGGUGACCAUCUCAGAGCUGGGCCGUGGCGCCUACGGGGUGGUGGAGAAAGUGCGGCAUGCCCAGAGUGGCACCAUCAUGGCCGUGAAGCGGAUUCGGGCCACCGUGAACUCACAGGAGCAGAAACGGCUGCUCAUGGACCUGGAUAUCAACAUGCGCACAGUGGACUGCUUCUACACCGUCACCUUCUACGGGGCGCUCUUCCGAGAGGGAGACGUGUGGAUCUGCAUGGAGCUCAUGGACACGUCGUUGGACAAGUUCUACCGCAAGGUGCUGGAGAAAGGCAUGACAAUCCCGGAGGACAUCCUGGGGGAGAUCGCCGUGUCUGUGGUGCGGGCCCUGGAGCACCUGCACAGCAAGCUCUCGGUGAUCCACAGAGACGUGAAGCCGUCCAACGUCCUCAUCAACAAAGAGGGCCACGUAAAGAUGUGUGACUUCGGCAUCAGCGGCUACCUGGUGGACUCCGUGGCCAAGACCAUGGACGCCGGUUGCAAACCCUACAUGGCCCCUGAGAGGAUCAACCCGGAGCUGAACCAGAAGGGCUACAACGUCAAGUCCGACGUCUGGAGUCUCGGCAUCACCAUGAUCGAGAUGGCCAUCCUGCGGUUCCCUUACGAGUCCUGGGGCACCCCAUUCCAGCAGCUGAAGCAGGUGGUGGAGGAGCCGUCCCCCCAGCUCCCGGCCGACCGCUUCUCCCCCGAGUUUGUGGACUUCACCGCGCAGUGCCUGAGAAAGAACCCCGCCGAACGCAUGAGCUACCUGGAGUUGAUGGAGCACCCUUUCUUCACCUUGCACAAAACCAAGAAGCCAGACAUCGCUGCCUUCGUGCAGGAGAUCCUGGGAGAGGACUCAUAGGGGCCAAGCUGGGGCCCCGCCCACAGCCAUAAGCUACUGCCCUCCUGGCCCUGGGCAUCCAGGACGAAGCCAGGGGCUGCUCCUGCCUGGCUGUGUGAGGAACUGUCGGUCACAAGCGCCGAAGACCCGAGACCCUGGACUUGGAGGGGCCUGGCCGCCCCUGCUGGACGCUGCUGCCCCCUUGUGGAGAAGUGCCAGUGCCGUGUGGGCUGUGGCCAGCCAAGCUGUAUAUAUUUUUUUAAUCUCUCAACUGAAUGAACUGUGCACCCUUUGGUCCUGGCCUUGGUGUGGGGGAUGAGCUGCGUGGAUCUGCUCCCCCCGCCAACGAACUCCCGCCCAGGCUGUGACAUUGGCACCUGUGACCUGGGGGACCCAGCCACCGGCCCCCACCGCCACUGCCAGGGGUCACUUCACUUUUUUUUUUUUAAUUUAUCCUCUGUUGAUCCCCCCCCCCCAUUUCUUUCGCUUAGUGGGUUUGGCUGGUUUUUCUUGCAUGGAUUGACUUUUCCACCCUGUGGGCUAAGCAGCAGGUGCACCCCAGUCCCCUGGGCUCACGCCGGAGUCUCGGCUCACAGAAGUGCCUGGGGAGCCCGCUGGCUCCCUCUCCCUGGGGACCUGCUUGACAAGGGCUAUGAAUUUGCUUUGGUGGUGUUUGAGGAAAAAAACAAACAAACAAAAAAACCAAAAAAAGGAAAAUAUAUUUUUAUGAAGAAAGAA